UAGUGCUGAACAGUAAGUCGGUAUAAGUUUUUUUGCAUCAUUGGAUCAGUCGGCAUAAAAAGGCUCAGGACUAAUUGCCUCCACGCGCUUCACUUGGUCCAUUGGUGCGAAAAUUUCACAAGCGUGGCCCACCUGAAGCAGGCCAAUUCCUAGCUGCCGCCUAUUCUUUUACUGAGCCAAACCCUAGAUAGUUAUUUUCUUCUUCCAAUUCCAAAUCGUCGCCCUGCCGCCGCCCCGUUCAGCGUCAGCACGAACGCAAGCUGCGACGAUCCUCCUUCCCAAUUCAAGCCGCCGCCUUGACUGUUUAGCUAGCGUCGUGCGUGCAUUCAUCCCUUGCCUCUCAGCUCUCAUGUGUGCAUCCUCUGUCCCAAAUCCAUCGUGAAUCAUCUCUCCCCAAGUUGUUGUGGUCAAGCCGCACUCCUCCUCAAUUCCAAAUCAUCGCACUGCUACAUCGCACUCCCCAAGUUGUUGUGGUCAAGCCGGCCUCCUCCUCAAUUCCAAAUCAACGUAAGCUGCUCCAAGGAAUUUUUGAAGAGAAGAGACAUCGCCUGAUUCUCCAAAGACAAGGCAGAGGCAGCAAAGUAGUGCGCAGCAUUUGAAUCUACAUUUGAUCUAGUGCUACCACAACCUCUUAUUUGAAUAGAAGGCUAAAGGUGAAAGAACCCGCACAGACUCUUGUGUGACGGUAUGAUUGUCUUUCUAUUCAUCGUUUUUCAUAACACGUGGAUUUGAAUAUCAUAUGCAUGGACAUAAAUAUAAAUAUAUAAAAUUAUAUGACUAUAGUAUUUCUUAUGAUAUUUUUUCAUUUUGGAAGCUAUCUGGUCCCCUAUACAAAGGUUGAUGGAUAAAACAUGGAUCGAUAAUGAUGCUAGGUACAAAGCAUGUUUCACCAAAUUGAAUGACACACAUGGUUAAAAUGUCAUUUAACAUAAAAAUAUUGUAGGCACAGCAAGGCAUAUUUGCAAGGAGUGAAUGGUUUCUUAGCUUUUGCAUUUAGAAAUUCAGCAGUAGGAAGUAAGAUCUUAUGCCCCUGUAGAAAGUGUGUCAACUCAUUUUGGAAAGAGGCAAGUGAAGUACGUGAGCACUUGAUAUGUGAUGGGUUUCUUAAAGGGUACAUGAUAUGGAACUUACAUGGAGAAGCUAGCUCUUCCGUGAAUCAUGGGAACUAUGACGAUGCUGAGGUUAUAGAGGAGCCUAAGGAAGAUGAUGACAUAUCUGGUUUGCUUAGAGAUUUAGCUGCUGGUUUAGAUGAUAAAGGUGAUUUUGAGGACAAUAGUUCCAUUAUUGGGUGUUGUGAUGAGCUAGCGGCCAUUGAAAAAUUGGUAGGAGAAAACAGAAAAGAGUUGUAUCCUAAUUGCAAGAAAUAUACACAGCUGCGUUUCCUAGUUAGAUUGCUUCACAUCAAACUCCUUGGAGGAUGGACUGAUAGAUCUAUGAACCUGCUACUAGAUCUACUUAAUGAUGCACUCCCCGAGGGUUCAACAUUACCUAAGAGCUUUUAUGAAGCUAAGAAAUUGGUGAAAUCUGUAGGAAUUGGAUACAAUAGUAUUCAUUCAUGUGAAAAUGAUUGUAUUCUUUAUUCGAAGGAUAAUGCAAAAUUGAAUUCAUGUCCAAAAUGUAAGGUUUCACGUUGGAAAUCAACAAGGAAGAGUCUAGAUGGGAAACAUAUAUACAAGGUUCCUAGAAAGGUUCUCCGCUAUAUUCCAAUAACAAGAAUGCUCCAAAGGCCAUUCAUGACCCCUAAAGUAGCAGGUCUAGCAAGAUGGCAUGAUGAACACCGGAUAAAAGAUGGUUUGCUAAGGCAUCCUGCAGAUUCACCUUUAUGGCGAGACUUUGAUAGAAAACAUCCAGAGUUUGCAGCAGAUAGCCGAAAUAUUCGUCUAGCAUUUGCAACUGAUGGCUUUAAUCCAUUUAGGAGCAUGAAUGUUAGCUAUAGUGUUUGGCCUGGCAUUUGUAUUCCAUAUAAUUUCCCCCCUUCAAUGUGCAUGAAGCAAUCAAAUUUCAUCCUUUCUUUGCUGAUUCCUGGCUGAAAUAGUCCUGAUAGUGACAUGGAUGUCUAUUACCAGCCACUUGUAGAUGAUUUAUUAGAUAUGUUUGUUAAUGGAGUUAGAACCUAUGAUGCUUCAAAGGGUGAGUUUUUUCAGCUGCGAGCUGCAGUAAUAUGGACUAUUACAGAUUUCCCUGGCUUAGGAUAUGCAUCUGGAUCUGUUACAUCAGGUGAAGCAGCAUGUCCUGAUUGCCAUUACUACACGAGUUCACUUAGACUUGGAAAUGGUAGCAAGACUUGCUAUAUGGACCAUCGCAGAUUUUUGGAUGAAAACCACCCAUUUAGAUUUGAUGUUAACAAAUUUGGUUGUACUGAGUUUAGGGCAGCACCUACUCCACUAUCGGGAGAGGAAAUAUUGGAGUGCACUAAACAUCUUAAUCCAAUUUUUGGCAAGGACCCAUCUGGGAAGAAACCAACAAGCAAGAGACGCAAGAAAGGGGAACCAUUAGUCAUUUUCAAAAGGAGAUCUAUUUGGUUCAUGCUACCAUAUUGGAAAGAUUUAAUGUUGCGACAUAAUUUUGACUUCAUGCACAUAGGAAAGAAUGUGAGCGAAAGCUUAGUUAAUAUAUUCAUGGGCACCGAUGGGAAAUCAAAGGAUAACUUGAAUUCUCGGUUCGACCUUCAAGCUUUAGGUAUUAGAAGUGAUCUUCAUCCUAUUAAAGUUGAAGACCAAUUUUAUUUACCACCUGCACCUUACUCAAUGAGUCCUGAUGAGAGGAAAUUAUUUUGUCAAGUACUUAAAGGUGUGAAGUUUCCUGAGGGUUAUGCAUCUGAUAUACGUCAUAAUGUACAUGUUAAUGAGAGAAAGAUAAUUGGGCUUAAGAGUCAUGAGAGCCAUAUUAUUCUACAACACUUGUUGCCGCUUGCAUUGAGGAAAAUAUUACCGGAAAUAGUUAGUGCUGGAGUGAUUCGUAUAAGUAAUUUUUUCAAGAAACUUUCAUCACCUGUCAUUCAAAUAAGCGAUAUGGAAAAGCUUGAGGCUAAUAUAGCUGAAACCCUGAGCUUUCUUGAGACCGUUUUCGUGCCUUCAUUUUUUGAUAUCAUGAUACACUUGAUGGUACAUCUUCCUACCCAAGCAAGGAUAGCUGGUCCCGUCCAUUUUCGUAGCAUGUGGCCCAUAGAGAGGUAUCUAAUGAGAUUGAAGGGUUCUGUUCAUACAAAGAGUCACUGUGAGGGAUCAAUUAUGGAAUGGUCUAUGUUUACUGAGUGUCUUACAUUUUGUGCUCGCUAUUUACAUGGUGAGACUCAAUUGAACCAUCAAGUUAGAUAUGAGUAUGACGAAGUAUGUACUACAACUCCUUUCUUCCAUACCAUUGGCCAAGGAUUGGCUGGGAAGUGUUUAGUUAAUUUAGACCAUAAAACAUGGCUACAAGCUCAUAGAUAUGUUUUGUUCAACUACGACAAUAUAACCCCUUACUUGGACAAGCAUGCUCACUAUUUGUCCUCAAUUGGUCAUCGAAAUAAAAGAGAUAUCAACCGCUUACAGCAUGAAUCCUUUCAUGAGUGGUUUAGGUUGCAUGUAGAGGAAAUGCAUGGGGAAGCACAAGAUGAGAUUAAAAUUUUAGCUAAAUCACCAAUGACGGUUGCAAAUAAGUAUAGUAGCUAUAACAUGAACGGGUUCAACUUUCACACAUCAUCAUAUGAUGAGGGUAGACCUAUUCAAAAUAGUGGGGUUGUUGUGGUUGCGGAGUCAACAAUCUUUGACAAGGGCAGCAAUGAUAACAUUAUAAUAGGAAAGAAAACUUAUUUUGGUAUUAUCAAGGAAAUUAUUGAACUAAACUAUCACCAUAAAGGAAAUGUGGUCCUCUUCAAAUGUGAUUGGGUUGACAACCGUGUGCAAGACAAAUGGGUCAAAAUUGAUCGGUUAGGCAUCACAACUGUGAACUUUAAGCAUUUAUUCAAUACAGGUGACAAAUUAUCUGACGAGCCUUUCAUUUUAGCAUCACAAGCAGUUCAAGUGUACUAUGUUCCAGAUCCAAUUGAUACUGAGUGGGCUGCUGUUGUUCACUCUAAACCAAGAGAUGUGUUUGAAUUGGAUACUUUGGAUAAUGAGCAUACCGAUUUUGAUAAUGGUGUAUUUGUGCCAUUAUUUGAUCUGAAUGCAAAUGUAACUGUUGAUAUUGUUAAUGGUGUUGUCCCCACUACUAGAAGAGAUAUAGAUGGUUACUUUGUUGAUCCAAAAAAAUCUAAAAAAAUCUACAAAGAAAUAUGGCAAGCGGAAGAAGGGAUAAGGAUGCCUCCCUUAACGAGUAUGAGGAACAACGACUCGCAACCAUCGCAGAAAACAAAAGGCGAUUGGAAGCUCUUAAUAUCCCUACUUUGAGCAAUAUGAAACAACAUGGUAGAACUACAAAAAGAACUAAGAGGAUUCAUAACACUAGUGAUGUAGCAACUGAAGGUCACAAUCUGCGUGCAAGGCCACAAAAGAAUUGUGUUGAAAAUGGAAAUGAACAAAUUAAUGAAGACCUUGGUUGUGAAUCAAUGGGAGAUUUCUUAUGUGAUAACGAAGAUUCACGCAACAACGCAGAAAAGAAGAGGAAAGGAAGGGGUAUCACUAGAUUAGAUGAAAUAUUUGCAAGGAAGCCCAGCAUGCCUAAAAUCAAAGUAGAACUCAAUAAAUAUGGUCAGCCUAUUGGGGACAAUUGUAGAAGGUUUUCUAGUGCUCUUGGCUGCCAUGUGAGAAGGAAAUUAUCAGUUGGUUGUUCUGACUGGAGACUUGUGGAUCCUCAAAAGAAGUAUGAGGUGUGGGAAGAUAUGAAGAAAAUUUAUGAUAUCGAUGAUGCUGCCUUCGGUUGGUUUAUGGAUAGCGCCAGAAGGAAAUGGAAGGAUUUUAAGUCAACAUUAAAGCAUCAAUUUUUUGAUGAAAACAUAUCAGAUGCAGACCUAAAGGAAAGACAUAAAGGCAGAGUUAAUGAUGAUGAUUGGAAGUUUCUCACAGAAUAUUGGAGGUCAUCUGAAUCUGAAACUCGCUCAGAAAUAGCAAAAGAUUGUCGUUCAAAGGUGGGAAAUCAUCACACUUCAGGCAGCAAGAGCUUUGCUUGUUCUGCGCAUGAACUAGCUAAUAAACUAAGGCGUUCUCCAAGAAGAGAUGAGGUCUAUAUCAAGACACAUACAAGAAAAAAUGGAGUUCCAUCAAGACAUGCAGAACCAAUUAUUAAUAAAUUGAAAGCCAUAGUUGAAGCCCAUCCAGAGUUGAAGCAAAGAACAAUUCAAGAGGGCGAUGCAUUUGCUGUUGCUUGUGGAGAAAAGGAGCCAAGAGGACGUGUUCGUGCUUUGGGUUUAGGACCAACUCCCCAAGAUGUUGGUACACCAGGGUUGAAGUGUUACACACCCACAAGACUGCAGAUGGAAGGUUUGGCCCGUAAAAAGGCUGAAUGUGAGAAAGUAGCUCUUCAACAACGCAUAACUGAAUUGGAGGAGCAAAUGAAAGAGGAAAGGAUGGCAAGGGAAUUGCAAGAUGUGGAACUCAUUUCACAUAAUGGUUCAAAUUCACGACAGAAUGGGAGCCGAAGGUAUGAAGAGCAUGAUGUGGAAGCGCAUCAUGACGCUCAAUUUGUAGAAGAUGAAGAUUGUGCAGAAAAUCACAUCAAUCAUCACUGUGAUGAUGGUGAGCAACACCAUCAAAACGAUCCUGUUGGUGCAGCCCCGAUAGUGCAACACCAUCAAAGCAGUCCUGUUGGUGCAGCCCCAACAGUGCAAUGCCUUCAAAACAAUCAUGUUAGGGCAGCCCCAACAAUUCAACGCCAUCAAAAUAGUCCUAUAGGUGCAGUCCCACCAAAGCAGCCUCGACGGUGCAUCACUACGAGUUUAGCCCACCCAGUCCCACCAAGGAAUGAGGCCCCCUCUCGCAUUCAACAUGAUGAACUUGUUGGAAAGGAUGUAAUAUUAUAUGCCAUUAUUGGACCUGAGCAACCUGUGGCUAAGGGAACAAUUAUUUCAACUAAUCCUAACACUUUGCUGGGAGGUGUGCCUCUUGGGAAAGAAUAUUGUGAAGUUAUUGUGAACAUUGUAUUGAAAAGGGAUGCCAUUUUGCCUUGCCCUUAUGGUUAUGUAGAGACGAUGGCUGAUGCUCAUCAAAUGUCAGUUGCUUGGCUUUAUAAGAGGAUGAAGAUUAGCAAGGCAUCAGGAUCACCCCAAGGUAUUGGAGGUGGAUGGCACUCGAGGCAAGCUGCAGUUGGACAAACAAGAGACUGACAUAGCAUUUUGUAGACAAUGAGUCCUGAUUUGUAGCUAAACAUGUCAUGGCAUGCCAUGCUAUAUGUAGGAUUUUUUGUUUGAGACUCAGAGAUGAAUCAUUUUGUAGAUUGAGUCCUGAUUUUGGUUAGCUAAACAUGUAACAGCUGCUAUCAUGAAUCCUAUUUUGUUGUAGCUAAACUUAUAAUGGCUGCUAUCAUGAAUUCUAUUUUUUUGUUGUAGCUAAACAUGUAUUGGCUGCUAUAAUAUAACGGUUGUUAUGUUGAUAUAUUCAAAGAAAACUAUGUUAAUCUGCCAA